CAAACCUCUGAUAGUAUUCAGGCUAAAUCUGGCUUCAGUAGUUCUGUUAUAGAUAUUAACUUAAAUCCCAAACUAUUUUUAAAAGGAGCCCUGGGAUGAUCUUCAUGAAGCAAGCGGUACAUGGAAGGGCCGACUGAACACGUUGGACCAGUGAUGACUCCCAGAGGGUGUGUCCUGCCUCUGUGAACCAGGCCAGUGUUCACCUCCUCCUCCUCCCUCCUUGUCACCUCGCCUCAGUCCUCCUCCUCUGGACCUCAGAGACUCGCAGCAGCAGCAGCAGCAGCAGCGCCGGAGCCGUGCGCCUCUCAGGAGGGAACUCAAGCAUUUUCCCAGCGGCUCUGCUCGGAUAUUUGACACUGUUGGAAAUACCACCGACACCUAUUCGCCCUUGACUACAGCCCGUGAGCAGCCCGGAUACCUGCAGAUCUGUUGAGGCAGCCGUGUGACCAUGGGGGACGUGGUUUCCUCUCACCUGGAUGAGAGCAGGCGGGAGAUGAUUACAGCUCGGACCCGAGAUGUGAUGAAGGAGUUUGGUGAUGUGUACGAGCAGCAGUACGCGGUCGCCCUCUUCAACAGCGUCCGCUUUGAGAUAGAAGGAGGAGGAGCAACGCAGUCGCAGCUGCUUCACAGGAAGGACCCUCUGGCAGGCCACUCCAUCUUCUCUGGGAGUCUGUUUCAGUAUCUGGAGGAGAAUAGGAAGUGGAGGAGUCGCUUCAUAUCUGUGCCGAACAACUACACCAUCAGUCUCUAUGAGAGCAAAACAGCAAAUGAGCGGGGCCUCCACCCUAAAGCCACCAUCAACUGCGCUGGAUACAAGGCCCUGGCCUCGAUGGAGGAAUACAUGGAGCUGAUAAAUACCAGCCUGCCAGGAAUCAAGGCCAAAGUGGGCAGUAAUCCAUUUAUCAAGUGUCCGUCCGAGUUCCCCCUCAUCCUGUGGCACCCGUACGCCCGCCACCACUACUUCUGUGUGAUGACAGAGAAGGAGCAGAAGAAGUGGCACGCCGUGCUGCAGGACUGCGUCAGACACUGCGACAACGGUCUGCCAGAGGACUGCACUGUGCAGACGCCAGCCUUCACCGACGCCGUGAGACUUCACAGACAGGCCAAGGGACACUAUGGGACCUGGGCUAUGAUGUGCGGAAAGCCCCCACAGAUUCUGGCUAACCUGGUGAUGGAGACCCUCCACCCAGAGCUGAGGAAUGUGAUCGCACCUCGUCUGAAGGGGAAGAUGCAGCAGAGGCAGAGGAAUUGGAUGCUGAUCUCUGACGCGGUGUACAAGCAGGUGUUGGCUCAGACCACCGGUCAGUACGAAGCACUGGCCGAAGCCUGUGAGGUCCAGAGACCUAAGCUGGACGCCAUACUGAGAACCGACAUGGACCAGAUGAUCACGGCUAAAGAGCACGUCAGCAGCAAGAUACGAGCUCUGGUGUUGCCCAAGGCGGAGCAGCUCCUGCGGACCAGCAUCCAGCCCUACAUCAGCUCCAUCCUGGAUGCCCUGAUGGAGCCCACCAGCCGAGGCUUCUCCGAGGUCAGGGAGGUUUUUUUCAGGGAGCUGGUGGAGAUCAGCAAGAACUCGCUCAACGGAGGAGGCAAAGAGAAACUGGGAGACCACAUGGACAGGCUGUCCAUGCUCGCCUUCCACCCAGUGAAGAUGCAGAGCUGCUACGAGAAGGUGGAGCAGCUCAACCUGGAGGGGCUGCAGCAGAGGUUCGACGUCUCGGACCCCUUAGUGUUCGUCAGCAGAGCUCAGAUCCUCAUGAGGGAGCAAAUGGACAAUGCGGUGUACACAUUCGAGCAGCUGCUUAACCAGUCUUUAGAGGCCAAGGGAGAAAAUGACAUGUGCAAGACCAUCCAGUGUUGCCAGGACCGAGUCCUCAAGAAAUACGAUUACGACAGCAGCACGGUGAGGAAGAAGUUCUUCAGAGAGGCUCUGCUGCAGAUCAUCAUCCCAUACAUGCUGCAGCAGCUCUCGCCGUCCUGCUCGCCUGUGCUGCCUCAGUUCAAAGAGCUGAUCUUUGCAGACUUCUCCCGUUUCCUGCUGGUGGAGAACAUGUUCGAGGAGGUGGUGCUGCAGUCUGUCUCCAAGGACAUAAUGAUGGCUGUGAAGGAGGCAGCCGUCCAGAGGAGACACAACCUGUACAGGGACAGCAUCAUUCUGACCAACAGCGAUCCCAACCUGCACCUGCUCGGAGAAAACCCUUCCGUGGACUGGGCUUCCAAAUUCGGGGCUGAUGAGCCAGAGAGCACUGUAGAUGGUGGCCUUAUCGGCGGAGGGGGUUCUGGGAAAAGACGCAAGCAGGUGGUGUCCAUGAUCCAGCUGGACGGGCUGCCUCUGCCCUACGAGUCCUGCCUGGAGGUCCCCGGCGUGGAGCUGAUCCCUGAGGAGGAAGUGGAGAUGUCUGGUGUCAAACAGGUGGACCAAGACGAGGAGGAAGAGGAGGAAGAGGACCUGCCCGAGGAUCCCAAGUCUCCCGACAGCGUGAAUGAAAUCAGAGACCUGAUAAAUCCGGUGGUGGAGAUGGUGGUGCCCGUGUCAGAGGAGAACCAGAGCGAGGUGACCAACGGGACGGAGCCGACCACAGGCACCAUCACCACGGAGGACGGAGUACAAGAGGACGUGACCCAUGUCACCACCUUGGUGGAGGAAGUCCCCAGUAAAUCUCCGCGAGACAAGUCGUCCCCUCAGUCGCUCCUCCAGCAUCUAAUGGGAAGCAGGAAGCAGGAAGCUGAUAAGGCACAUCAGGAGGAAACAGCCAUCAAGGACGCCAUCGGGGAAAUAGAGAUAGCGGUACAGGAAGACGACAGUGAACGCAUCGCCGAGGUCUCAGCAGCAGAAUCCGAUUAUGAGUCGUCACCGAAGCUGCCACUGGCCACCGACACCGGCUCACAUGGCGACAGUGGCUUCCAGUCACCGACCAGCGAGGGGCUGGACGAGAGCGAGCCCCAGCCAAUGAAAAACAGUCUGAACGGACAGGACAAAAUCAUUGACCCGGUAGAAGUUGAGGUGGAAAUUUAACGUAGGGAAAACAACUGCCUGAAAGUUACUCUAAAGCUGGAGAAAACUCUGGAGAGAGAGCGUGCAUCACGUGUCAUGGGAGAGAUGUGGGACGAUAUAAGGAUUGUAUUUAAAGGUUUGAUUCAUAUCAUAUCAUAUUUCUUCAUAACAUUGAUGUUUGUUAUGUUGCACACUUCACAACCAGCUCUCCCAUCCGCCCCUCGACUUGUUUGAGACAUUUCUUUGGUGAUCGGUUCCCUCUCUAUGCAGCUUUGUAAAUCUCAAAGCAAGUUUUUUUUUUUUUUGUAUGACACUGAAUUCAACAUGUCUGAUUUACUUCACGUCAGCAGGCUGUGGGUCCAUCUCAAGGAUCAGAUGAUUUCAAAUUGAUCGUCCACUUUUUUAAACUUACAGAAUAAGAAGGGAACACUAAACAACAUUUAUGUCAUUGAUGAUGUUAAGUGUUUGUUUGCAACAGAAAAUGGGCCUCUAUUUUUCUCGCUAUAUCUCACAUGUAUGCAGUCAGACUAUAUAUACAGAUUGUGCCUUUAACUUUUCUGCAGGUGAAUGGAUCCCUCUGCAAAGCUCACAGCCUCUACCUGGGCAGCAGGGGGUGCUACAAUCAACCUUUAGGUGUCAUGGGGAAACUUAUUUCUAAGUCUAAGUUUUGUUUUUUGUUUUUAAAUAUUGGUAUCUAUUUUUGUAAAACGUAAUUGUAUAAAACAUUAAGUUUGUUUACUUUGAAUGCUUUUCCUGUAUUCGCAAAUGGCCUUCAUGUUUCAACCUAAGACGUUCUUCGUGAAACCUGUCAGGAAUGAUUUACACCCUCCACUGUGAUUUGAUAAGUGAUACAUUUUACAUCCUUUGACAACAACCAAAAUUCUGUUUUUCUGUCACUCUGGGUGUGGAUGAGCUUGCAAUUAUUAUUUUCUUCUCAUUUAUUAAUUACAAGGGAGAUUCUUACUGCUUGUUUAUAUGUGUCUGUGUGUGUGUGUGUGUGUGUGUGUGUGUGUGUGUGUGUAUGUAUAUAUAUAUAUAUAUAUAUAUAUAUAUAUAUAUAUAUAUAUAUAUAUAUAUAAAAACAACAGUCUGUCUUUCAUCUUCACUGUAAAUACAUCGAUUCAAACAUGACAGCGAGGUUCUUUCUUUCUGAAACCAAUCUUUUCUAAUUUAUUGCAAAUUUUUACAAACUGGUUGAAAUAUUUUCUUAAAUCUAUAUAAUCUGGAUGAAGAGGCUUGUACACAAGUUUUAUCUUAUCUGUGUAGAAAAAGAAAAAGAAGUAGUGUCUUGUUUGUGUGAGGGAGACAAAUGUGUCGGUAAAAACCAUGACAUGAUCCACUGAUAACAGUUGAUGAUGACACUGUAAAUCCAGGAUGUUCAAUAAUCUGUAAAUACUAAAUUUUGUUUUAUGAUGCAUAUAUAUAUGUAUAGGGGAAUUUCCAGGAUCUAUGUAAUUCGGUACCAAGUAUAAUGAAAUGGGACAGUGAUUUUUUGCAUGCAACGAUGACCUGCCACCCACAAAGCAAGACUAGGUUACCAAAGGUUACCCUCCAUUCAAAUAUGCAAAAAUAUGGAAAUAAAGAUGUCUCAGGAAAACCAACAGAGGAUGGAUCCCUCCUCCAUGAAACGAACAGACAGGGAAUACAGAGGUGUUGUAAAUACAGAGGAGUGGAAUGUAUGCAGGCAGAAUGACAGAACAAACUAAGUUUUUAUUGGAAUCAGCACACAGAGAAUCUCUGGUAACCUUCUUUUGAAUUUGCAGUUACAUAUCAGUUUAUAUGUGGCAACUGUUACCACAUGUUAUGUUAGUGUCACACACUAAUAGGUGGAUUAGUUUCACUUGUGUACCAAGCUACAGUCUAUUGUCAAAUUCUGAGAGAAUUUUAAAAUUGUGAAACACACUCUGUAUCAGUAAGCACAUUUUGAGUAUGCCCCCUUUAGAUGAACUACUAAGACCCAUUACAUCCAGUGGAGGACCACUUUCUGUCACCAUCUCCAGUUUAUUUAUUACAAAAUCUGUCUGUUUGGUGUCAGCAGCUAAACGUGCAUAUUUAGUACUUUUGUCUUUGUUGAAAUAUAUCAAAUAUGGACAAAUAAAACAAGUUUAUUGACUUUAUUCUUCAUUUUUGUCAACCACAUCCAAAAAUCAAAAAAUAUUGCUAUUUAUCAGUAAACCACAACUUUGAAAAUGUUUCUUUUUUUUUUUUUAUCAGAAUUAGUUUUAGAAAUAUAAAAGAGACAAGCAUAUUUGAAUAGAAAACACAUCGGAGAUGUCAGUUGCAAGGCACUCUUUUGCUUCUUUGUAGUUUUCAAUGAUUGCCACAAAACCCUCCUGAUCAACUUUCACUAUCCCCAGACAUACGUGGUGAGAAACAAGAUGACACAAGAGGGAAGUUUACAAGCUGCAAUCCCAUGAUUCAGUUCCUGAAUCUGAGUCAUAUGACCUCUGACUGUAAAUCCCAGUUCAAAGUCAGAGUCUGUUUUUAGGUUUCACUCCCCCAAAAAAUGCAAAAGACAGAAAACUAUGCAUAAUACUUCAAUACUGUAUGUAUGAAAAUAUGUUGUUGGUUCCAAUCAAAUAUUAAGCCAUCAAAAAACAUGACAGUCAUCAGUACGAGUUUCACUCUAAAGGUUACAGUAGCAAUGUCUCAUCAGCAUAGUCAGAGCUCUCCUUUCAUGACUGAAAGUCUAGUUUUGUAGUGUCAUUAACCACUCAAAUUGUUUAGUGAUAUACAGGGAACUGUAACAGUCUGUCAUGGUGGAUGAGAAAAAAAAAAAA